UCAGUCUGGUCCAGGAUGGCCAAGCUCACUGUGCUCACCGGUCUGGCCCUGCUGCUGAACGCCCAGCUCGGCACUGCCUAUGUGCUGACCUGCUACUUCACCAACUGGGCCCAGUACAGGCCUGGUGAGGGGAGAUACACCCCCGAGAACAUCGACCCCAACCUGUGCAACCACCUGAUCUACGCCUUCGCCGGCAUGAACAACAACGAGAUCACCACCUACGAGUGGAACGACGAGACCCUCUACAAGUCCUUCAAUGGCCUCAAGAACCAGAACAGGAAGCUGAAGACCCUGCUGGCCAUCGGAGGAUGGAAUUUCGGCACACAGAAGUUCUCCACCAUGGUCUCCACACCCCAGAACCGCCAGACCUUCAUCAACUCCGUGGUCAGGUUCCUGCGCCAGUACGGAUUCGAUGGGCUGGACCUGGACUGGGAAUACCCCGGCUCCAGGGGCAGCCCUGCCCAGGACAAGUCUCUCUUCACCGUCCUGGUUAAGGAAAUGGUGGCAGCCUUCGAGCAGGAAGCCAAACAGACCAACAGGCCCCAGCUCAUGGUCACUGCUGCUGUGGCUGGAGGACUCUCCACCAUCCAGUCUGGCUAUGAGAUCGCUGAGCUGGGCAAGUACCUGGAUUACAUCCACGUCAUGACCUACGACUUCCACGGGCCCUGGGAUGGCUCCACGGGCGAGAACAGCCCCCUGUUCAGCAGCGGCAGCACCCUCAGUGUUGAAUACGCCAUGAACUACUGGAAGGACAACGGCGCCCCAGCCCAGAAGCUGCUGGUGGGAUUCCCAACCUACGGAAAGAGCUUCACCCUGCAGAACCCAUCCAACACGGCCAUCGGAGCCCCCAGCUCCGGGCCUGGCCCUGCAGGGCCCUACACCAAGGAGGCCGGGCUCCUGGCUUACUACGAGAUCUGCACCUUCCUGAGCUCUGGAGCCACCCAGGUUUGGGAUGCCCCUGAGGAUGUCCCUUACGCCUACAAGGCCAACGAAUGGGUCGGCUACGACAACGAGAAGAGCUUUGGCCUCAAGGUGGAUUGGCUGAAGAAGAACAACUUUGGAGGGGCCAUGGUGUGGACCAUCGACCUGGAUGACUUCACUGGCAACUUCUGCCACCAGGGCAAAUACCCACUGAUCUCCAGCCUCAAGAGGGGCCUGGGGCUGUGA